AUGCUCCUCAACGCCACCGUUCCUCUAUCGGUGGCUUUCGGCACUCCGGAGGACUUCCUCAUCUUCAUCUUCCAUAUCCUGUUCGCCACAAGCGCCGUGCUCGUCGCCGGCUCGGUGGUCAUCGGUAUAUCCUCCUCCCGCUCUCUGCGAGGCCAGAACCGUUUUAUAUUCAUGCUGAACACGAGCAUUAGUGACACUCUGACCGGCUUCUCGGUCUACUACCUCGGCCUCUUCGACGUGCAGGAGGGCUAUCCCUCGAGGAAUGGGACUUACUAUAUUUUACCCUCAUUUCUAGGUGUCAAUGUGUUAACAUUCCUCUUCGCUCAGUUUGACAGGUACUUCGCCGUGUGUCAUCCAUUCUUUUACAACCGCUACAUAACGAGAUCUUUUGUCAUUGGGAUUUGCGCAUUUUGCUGGAUUUACACAUACUCUAUCCUCACCGUGCAGAACAUGGUGCCUGUUUCAAAGGCGGCUCAAAUAAACGCGUUCGGUGUAAUGACUUUACAGGUUAUAGUUCUCAUUAAAGUGUUGAUGACAAUUAAAUUAUAUGUUAUUGCCAGGAAUCAUCUGGUGAGAGAGGCGCCCAGUGCUGAGAGAGACAACAAAAAUGAGUCGCUGCGCAUCAUUGUGUUUGUGGUUAUUUGCUUCUUGGCCUUGUGGUGUCCAUCCUUUGUCAAUAUAAUUUUCAGACAGUUGAGCAGCAAUGGUCUGAGGUUUCGGAAUGAAGCCACUAACCUGUUCGCCACCAUGGCGCGUCUGAACGCAUUGGUCACUCCGGCUGUGUACAUCUGGGGCAGCCCGGCGCUGCGGGCAGCCGUGUGGAGAAUUGUGUGGCGGAGGGUGUGCCCCAGGCAGAGGGCAAGGUAAGAGUCGGUCUGAACUUCUGAAUUGAACAUUUUACUAUUUACUCGCGUUAUAUAGCCUACCUACUGUUUUAAAUCACUAAGUAUUUGCUUUUUCUGUCCAUUUUUUGUCUGAAUAAGAAAUAAGACAAUUACUGUAACUCUCUCUCUGCCCACCCUACCUCUCUCUUUCAGAAUUGGCUUAAACUUUGAUGAAGUGACAAGGAAACGAUAACGAAGCCGCCAGCAUCAACAUCAUCAUAAGGAGUAUGGACUAAAGAGCCAGAUCACGUGGCUGACGUGAAAAUUGUUUCAAUGACUGAAUGAAUUUAUGUGAGUUUUCAAUCGUUAUGUUUUUAAAAUGUCUGAAACAAAACGCACUUGCUAGAUUGGUCAGAUGAAGUUUCUGCGUGACAAUCUGGAUGUGAGAGUGAAAUGUGGAUUGUGUUUGAGAUUAGGAGAGGGCUGUUGGUCGAAAAUUCUCCCUGUAGGCCUAUGUGUCACUGCCACAUAUUUCGACUGCAGUCCAUUACAGUUUGGGACCAAGCCCACUAGUAACAUUUCACUUGGGAACGACGUAUUGUUGUCCACAUGAAACACAUCUAUCAUAAACGGGUUACA